AUGGAUGUUUGGCUGUGCAAGAUGGUGCCCAUGGGUUUGAAGUUGACCAUCACCUGCCUGUGGCUUCUCCCUUCGGCUGGCCGAGAAACAACCAACGCGUCUGACUUUCCAAGCCAACAAUGGAGAGCAGAUGAAGGAGAAAGAGGAGCUGCUGUCGGAGCGGCGUUGAAGGUGAAGCAUAUUUCCAAGCACUUACAGAUCAUCUCCACCAAAUACAAAUCCCCCGCACACGGAUCCCUCGGCCCGUACGGCUGGCCACAGAACUUCUCCCAGGCACUCGAUCAACAUCAGUCCAAACCUCAUUCAAAAGUCCCUCCGAAGGCCAAGAAGAUUUUGGGCUGGGGUGACUUUUAUUUCAAUGUGAAAACAUUAAAGUUCAGUCUUCUGGUGACCGGCAAAAUCGUGGACCACAUCAACGGCACAUUCAGUGUCUACUUCCGCCACAACUCUUCUCAUUUAGGGAACAUAUCAGUCAGCAUUGUUCCACCUUCUAAAGCUGUUGGCUUGGAGGUUCUGGAUCCAAGAGUUCCAAGUAUUCAGACCAGGAACUCGGUACUCUUAUCAGACCUGGCAUCCCACUUUCAGUCCACUAGCUCCACCUCCCCGGACUGGCACAAGCAGCAGCAGAAGCAGCAGGACUUAAUGGUGACGACUGAACUCAACUGCCGCAUAGAGUACCAGAGAACCAACCGGUCCAAAAAGACCAAGCCCUGUAUGUAUGACCCCGGUCAGACGUGCUACUCAGAAAACACUCAGUCACAGGCAGCAUGGAUCUGCGCCAAACCUUUUAAGGUGAUUUGCAUCUUCAUCGCCUUCACUGGUACCGAUUACAGGCUAGUGCAGAAAGUUUGCCCGGACCGCAACUUUCAGCCAGACCAGGGCCAGCAACACUAUGGAUGAUUGGUUCUAAGUGGAGAUAUAAAAACUACU